GUGUCAUUGGUACUUGACAGCAUGGCAUGUGUGAUCCCAUUGUAACUUACACCCUGGAGGACUAUCAUUUAUAAAAUAGGAGUUAUGGCCACCAAGGUCCAGCAAAAUGAAACUUCCCCUCCCAAGAAGGGGGUUCAAAAUUCUGGAAUCCUGGGAUUUGAAUGUCCGCAGUUGCCUUCCUGGGAAGUUGAAUCUCUUGAAACUGGCAUGAGAAUGCAGGAAGAAGAGAAUGAAGGACCCAGGUGUCAAUCCCGUUCCAGCAGCCAAGGAGAAUGUGUUCCAGAAACUGAGAGUGAAGGGGUAUCUUCCCUUUUUCUUGAAUUGGAGCAACCUUGCCCACCUCCUCGAAAAACUUCGCGUCAGUAUCUGAAGAAGAUCAUUGCUGAAUAUGAAGCCUUGGACAUGGAAAUGCCUUGCAUCCGCAAGUUUCCUCGGCCGCCUGCUGCCCGACCCCUUUGCCUUUGCUUGGAGAACCCGCCUGAAAAGGAGAUGACGCAUGCUGAAAUCCUAGCAGCCAUAGAAGCUGUCAUUCCCAAUGCCUUUGAAGCAGGUCUGCUACACAGCAUCCAGUUUGAAAACAUCAAUGUAAUCUGUGGAACUGCUGGGCGGAAGAACAGGUGGCUGAUCACAGUAUCCGAUUUCCGAACUCGGAAUCAGCUGUUAUGUUCUGGAUUAACCUUGGAUGAAAACCAUUUUGUGCUGCGACGCUGGGAUAACCUGGUAAUGGAGGACUAUCGCAUGCACCUUCGAAGGUCCUUAGCCCGCCAGCGUCUGCUGGACACACUCAGUGACUCCUGGGAAGCCAGUCACUUGGAUGGCAUCUGACCUCCAGAAAGGAUAUGAAUCCAAAGCCAAGCAAAACAUGAUGAUGAUGUCCUGCUUGUGGAUCUAUCUAAUUUUUCUUUUUCUUAAGUUAGGAGAACGUUUCCCCUGAAAGCUUAUAUUCCUGGCUUUUAUUCUUGGUCUUUCUAAUCACACAUUUGGAAAGAGGGUGCCCCCUACAGGAUCUCUGAAAUAUGUAUUUUCUGCUUUGCCUGCCUGUCUCCAAAGUACACAACUUUGGAAGGAACUGUCACACCUUUGUGAGUGAAGUCUGUGGGAAGAUUUAUUUUCCAAAAUGCUGUUACUGUUUCCCAAUGAAACUGAGGAACAGGACAGUCCUUCUAAUUGUGUGAAAAGCAGAAAAGUCUAGGACAAUGUUUCUCAACCUUGCCAAUUUAAGAUGUGUGGACUUUAGCUGGGAGUUGGAAGUCCAUGUAUCUUAAGAGUUAUCAAGGUUAAGAAAUACUGCUCUAGAAAGACCAUACAUUUGUGGUAAUUGAUUUCUUGCAGCUUAAAUUUCCAAUUGUUGCCAAGUUUGUGUUAGUCUACUUUCUUUUCUGUUAUGGCGAAUUUGUAUAGAUUGAAACAUCAUUGCUUCA